GAGGUGAGGGUUGAGGGCCGUCCUCCCAUCUGUAAUCCCCUCUGUGGUGACGUCACCCAGGCUGUUUCCAAACGGACGCAGCGUUGAGUGUUUGAGCAGCCAGGCGGCCAGUGUGUGCAUCCCAGGACGCAACAUCAGUGUAGCUGGGGCUCGACUUUCAGCUGAUCGCUUCACUUCGGACGCUUUGGGAAACUUAGAACAAUGGGUUGCUUUGAGUGCUGCAUCAAAUGUUUAGGCGGGGUGCCGUAUGCGUCGCUGGUGGCUACAAUCCUCUGCUUUUCUGGCGUUGCCCUGUUCUGUGGAUGUGGCCAUGUGGCUCUCGCUGGCACAGUGACCAUCUUGGAAAACCACUUCUCCAAGGUCACCAGUGAUCACGCCAUGCUGACUGAUGUAAUACAGCUGAUGCAGUAUGUCAUCUACGGCAUUGCUUCAUUUUUCUUCCUGUAUGGGAUCAUUCUGCUGGCUGAGGGCUUCUACACAACCAGUGCCGUAAAGGAACUGCACAGUGAGUUCAAGACCACCAUCUGUGGACGCUGCAUCAGUGGAAUGUUUGUGUUCCUCACAUACAUUCUGGGUGUGGCCUGGCUUGGUGUGUUUGGCUUUUCGGCCGUGCCAGUCUUCCUCUUCUACAACAUGUGGUCUACCUGUGCGGCCAUGAGGUCUCCCAUAGCCAACUUCACCAACAUUGACUCCAUCUGCGUGGAUGUUCGUCAGUACGGAAUUAUUCCAUGGAAUGCCACACCAGGCAAGGCCUGUGGAUCUACGCUAGGUGACAUCUGCAACACCAAUGACUUCUACAUGUCUUAUCACCUGUACAUCGUAGCGUGUGCCGGGGCAGGAGCCACUGUGAUCGCUCUGAUCCACUUCCUCAUGAUUCUCUCAGCAAACUGGGCCUACCUUAAGGAUGCCAGUCAAAUGCAUGCCUACCAAGACAUCAAAAUGAAGGAAGAGCGGGAGCUGCAGGACAUCACCUCACGCUCAAAGGAAUGCCUCAAUUCCUACACAUAAGGAUAUUACACACUCACAAUCCACACACACACACACACACACACACACACACACACACACACACACACACACACGUAAAGACACAUAGACACUGUGGCCCCUUUGGACCAUGACACUCAGCUAAAAUAACCUGCCAACUGCCGUGACACUGUGCAGUACUAACCAGGCUCCUAACAAACUAAUGCAUAAAUGUUGCUUUCUGCACUAACUCACCAAGAAGUGUUUUGAAACUGCUACUUCAAAUUUCAUUUCUAUUUUUAUUUUUAUGAAGGAAAAAAAGGCAAUUUUGAAUUCUGAUAUUCAUGUAGUGUUUGAUUUUCUCUAGCCCUUUUUAUAGCCAGUUUUUUGCUGCCGAUGCUUGAGUCAUUGCACUAUUCUUAUAUAACGAAUAACGAUGCCUUGUUUGUUUUACGGUCUUGCUGUCUUUCUUUUGAGCUGUGGUGGCCAGUUUUCAACAAGGGAAUACAAUAUUUUGUUUGCUUUUUUUCCAAUCAAAAAUGCAGACUAAUUAUACACAACAUGAAAGGCCUUACAUUCAGAGUUAGCGUGACACUUCUAGAUAGCAUGUCAGAAUCCAAUUAUAAUGACACAAGAUAAUAAUACUGACACAAGACCGGCAUGUCACAAGAUGUUUUUUCUUUGACUUCACAGCAAGGAAAUGGGUCAAAUCUAUAAUGUGGUCCCAGUAGUUCUGUUGUAUUCGGGGGUAUUUAACUGCAUCUUAAUCCCAGUGUUAAUCAUUUGGUUCUAGAUUUCAUUGUACAGCUACGUAAAGAGUCACGCAGAACAUUCAUGGCCUAUAAUAACACUACCUCAGGUGUGCACUAGAGCCUAUAGAACAAUUAUCUGGAAGAAACACUUCUCCUUUGCAAAACUAUGGUUUAAAGAUCCUAUUAUAAUCACACACACCGGGAGCUCCUCUACGUGACGUUAUCAUAGGGUUUAAUUUUUAUGGAUAAUGCCAUAAGAAUAACUAGCUUGCUAAAUGUGAACUGUUGCCAAUAAUUAGACAGAAGGAUAGUCAAUAUAUUCAAUAUCUUUAAAAGUGUGGUCCACGUGUAUUCAGUUAUGCAAAUGACAAAAAACAGAGAACGCUCUCUGAUCCAUCAUAAAUGCUUUUUUAGCUCAUUGUCUAUUGUAAUAUCUCAUAUUAUAAAAUAUGAUCAAAAAAUACUUGAUUUUGAAAAAACCUUAUAAACAAGUGUAUGUCCCAUGUGCAUUUGUACUAUGGAAAAAUCUACAGAACUUAAGGUGUGAAAAAUGUAAACUUGUUAAAAGUCAGGAUUUUUAGCUUAUUUUUCAAGAUAAAACCACUUCAUUUGUGUUCUUAAUUUUCUAUUAUUGCACCAGUUUUUGAUGUGCAAUUGUCAUAAUGCUGACAUAAUUACUCAUGUAAUCUUGUAUUUCUAUUAGUUUAGUUACAGAGAUAAGUUUCUUUGUUGCAUGAAGACAACUGUUUCUGCAGUGACACGUGAUGUACAGUCAUGAAUACUGACAUCAGUAGUAGGCAGUGUUUGCCUGUCUCCGUUUUUUCUAAUUAAAUACAAAUUAAUCCAUUUUUUUGUAGCUGAUUACUUAUGUUUUUUUUAGGUUCUUUUCUUUAAAGUCAAAAGUAUAAAUGUUUUAUAUUAUUUUGUUGCCUGCUAGUAUACUUGUAUUGUCUAUGAAUGUCAAGGGCUUCCUCGUGAAUAUCUGAUGCUUAACAUUUAAAUAAACUUUCAAAUUACUAGAUGCAACACCAGUCAUUUAAAAAAGAAAUUGUACGGCUAUCUAAAUGCUAAAGUUAGCCAAAGUAUGAAUGCCAUUGUGACUCUCCGCCCAGUGUUUUACACAGAAUCUGUGAGAUAUUGUAGUACACAACCUGCAUAGUUCUCUGCAGGAGUAAUAGCUACAGGUGCACAAUCUACUAUGUGUACAAUGGCCAAGGAGAAAGAUGACAGAUGUACAUAAUGCCAAUGUACUGUACAGCUCACCUUAAUAUGCAGCGUUUCCUGUUGAAUGAACCAAAAACUAAAGAGUAAAGGCUAUCUAUCAAUCACCAGGACGACAACAAUCCAGCAUCCUGUCUGACUAAAUCCCUUUAUGACAUUACUCAACUGGCCUGUUGACUGUUUCUAUGAAAAUAAAAAAACAAAA